UUCAAAUACCGUACGAAUAUGAGUUUGAGUCAAUUUUCAUACAUUCGUCAUUUUUAGAAAAAUAAAAUGGUUUCGUACGAAUUCGAGUAUGUAUCACUGUAGGUUUCUUUACAGCAGGUCAAAUCACUUCAAUAUGAAAACAAGACUUGUCUUCACAUCUGGCUUCUCUGCUGAACUUGAUCGAUCUUGAGUUUGCAGUGGGAAUUACUGUCAAACACUGAUUCAUUUGUCCCGGGUUCAUUAGAAGUUCCACGAUUCGAAUCCCUUUUGUGUUGACUCUCAGGUGUUGGCGCUACGGUGUUUGUUUUGAUUCGGUCCGGCGUAUCGAAUGCAAAAAAAUAUUUCUGAAUCAGAUAAGUGCGUAUCGUCCAACAGAACGGAGUUCGAUGUCUAUUUCAAUAAACAACUACGACUAUGAAUGCACAAAAAGGUGCCACUUGGUGAGGCACGGAAAUGCAAUCACGGCGGCUCUCACCAAGAAGGCAAUUUCCGACGAACUUCUCGCUGCAUUCAUUGCCAAGUAUUGCAGGAACUUUUCCGAAAUUUUGGACGAACAGGGAAGGAGCGCUCUACAUGUUGCUGCUUCUGUUGGACGUUAUGCAGUUGCUGAAUGGCUCAUCAAUCACGGGGCCAGUGUUGCGCUGAAGGAUCGUGAAUCUGGACACACGGCACUCCACAGGGCGAUGUACUAUGGUUGUGUUGGAGUGGCAGUUUUACUACUGAAGUAUGGGGCAAUCAUAGACGUUCUCGAUGAAGAUUUUGUCAACCCUUUGCAGCUGUGCUCCACAAUUCCCAGGAGAAGAAACAAUGGCAUCGGUUGUGAAAUCAUGGUAUGGGGAAGGAACAAAAAUUACAACCUUGGAAUUGGAAACAUUGAGGGCAAAGAAACCCCAGAUUCAAUCGAUUUCUUCCGCAAGAAAAGAAUAACUAUCGAUAAAAUGUCGAUAAAUGCAUAUCACAGCGUUUUCAUCACCUCAAAUGGGGAGGUUUAUACAACCGGCCACGGUAAAGGCGGUCGACUAGGGAACGGUAAUCAAAAUACGAUAGUCUAUCCAACGAAAACUACCUUCCAGGUGCGGAGCGGCCAGGAGAGGAUAGUAGAUGUUAGCACCGGAACGUAUCAUACAUUGCUGUUAUCCAACGAAAAUUGUAUAUAUUCUUGUGGAGAAAAUAAUCACUGCCAGCUUGGAAUAAAACCGCCCCCAGAAAAGCAACUGAAUUUCCGGGAAAUCGGUGGAUUGCACAAUUUUGCAGAUAAGAAAAUCAAUCGAAUAAUCGCUAAAGAUUUUCAUUCGAUAGCGGUUUGUGAUGCUGAUGUCUACGUGUGGGGCCUCAACGGUGGCCAGUUCGGAAUGAAGAAGGACCAAAGCUCUGUGAUACUGCCAAAAACACUUCCUUUGAGCACGGAGUCUAGCGGUGAAAAUCCGGUGGCUGCGAAUCGCGAUACCACUAUUAAACUUAUAGAAUCAAGCAACGCUGCAAUCGUUGUUUACACGCAGUCCAACAAUUUGUACAUUUUCAGCAGCUUUAAAAGGAGGACGUACAAAAAUCCGCUUAUGGAGAAAUUCGAAUGUAUCUCUGUGUCCGGAGGGACGUUCAUCACGAAAAAGGAAGACAUUCAGAAGCAAGUGAGCAAGCCGCUAAGGGUUUUGGUUUUUACUGUCGCCAGAAAUAUCUACAUAUGGUAUGAAGACUGUCAACAGUUUGUCCGUUGUGUGUUUGCUCAGUCGAGGAACUUGGAGAUCGAGAAAAUAGCGUGGUGCAACAAUCAUGCACUGGUAUUGCUGCUGGGAAACUUGUACCAUGGGACUAUUACACACAAACUGAAUGCUCAAGCGGUUACUCAGAUAAGUGAGUACACGGACACAUAUACGAAGAAGGAAAUGAGUACGACAAACAAGACCCGAAUUGAACUGAAACGGAUCAAGAAUUUGACCAAUGUAGUGGAUUUCACGUGUGAUGAUAAAGGAGAAAGUUUUGCAGCUUUGGUGGAGAAUUCUCGCCGCUAUUUCAACGUUACUGAGUUGGUGAAAAGCAAUGGCGAUUUCGGGACGCUACUAGCCGAUGCGCAUGAAAUGGACGGCGUGCAUGAUCUACUAUUUGUGGUUGAACGUCAGACUUUUCCCGCUCACCGCUUUAUCGUGUGUCACAGGUGUAAACAUCUGAGAAAACUGGUGGAGAAGCAGCCGGAACAGAAGGAGUUCCAUCUGUUAGGGUAUGAUGGAAUGACGGGUCAGAUAUUCGAGUUGGUGCUGCGUUAUAUUUACACCAACAAACUGAUUUCGCGAGGAGAUAUAGAGAAGUUGGUAAAACGGCUGCAGUCUGGUACCAUAAUAGACGAUGAAAGUCUAAAGGAAAUGACAGCUCGACUGAGAAAAAUAUUCAAACAACUUGAAAUCAGUGCUUUGAACGAAUCGUUGAAAAAUCUCACAGAUGACCCCUUAAUCGAGGAUUAUCCCACAUUGCCAAGGGAUUCCUACCCUAAUCUGAGAGAUGUCACCAUCAAAUUGCAGGAUAAUCAGGAAAUCAAAGCACACAAAUGUGUGCUAAUGGCUCGGCUCGAGUAUUUCAACAUGAUGUUCAGCCACACUUGGAAUGAGAGUAAGACAGUACAUCUCAUCACAAUCCCAUUGGAGUACAUGGAUCCCAUCGUAGACUUCCUCUAUGAUAACAACUACGAACGCGUUCGUCAGCAGCAAUAUUCCGAUAACUAUCUCUUCAGCAUGGUGAUCAUCUGUGAUCAAUUUUUCAUCGAGGAGUUGAAAAACAUAUUCGAAGUGAUUAUCAGCGAUCGGAUAAAUUUGAAAAAUGUUGGUGAAUUGAUUGAGUUUGCCUUCCAAUACAACUGUGAGGUGCUUAAGGAUGCGUGCAUGCAGUUUAUUAGUGUAAAUUUGGCAAGAAUAUUGGAGCUACGUUCGCUGGACUGUCUGGAACAGCCGGUAUUAGCGCACAUUGAUAAAUUUUACAAAGAGUUCCAUAAGAUGGCAGAUUAUAGAACGAUAACACCGGCAGCAGACGCCAUCGGGGACGACGAAAUGUCGCUAUUUGUAGAUAAUUUUAGUGUGGAUUUGAACUUCAAGGCUAGUGAGAUCAAUGUGCCAAAAAUCAAAACUCCUAAAGGAAAACUAACGCUGAAAAGUUCUAAAAUUCAGCUGGAAAAACGAAACUACGAGAAGGAAGCAAUGGAAUACAUCAGGGAGUUAUCGUUCGAAGAUCUUCCUGCUUCGAAGACUGAGGAAAACAAAAUACAAUAUUACAAAAACGGUGACGAUAAUAUGGUGCAAAGGGAAGGUAAAAACUGGCAAAAGGUGACUGACAAAAAAGACCAGAAGAAAAAAGUAGUUUUAGCUGCUUCAAAAGUGAAUGAAAUCAUGAAGAAUGAGCAUAAGGUUCAGGAGAAUUUCUCGAACCUGAGAUCUCUCCUGGAGAAAACCCCCGAAAAGGAAAUUGUUUUAUCAUCUUCGUCUACCUCGGAUGGAUUUGGCAGCAGCAGAACGUCAACGUUCAGUCUAAAUGACAUAGCAAUACAGAAAACUAAUUUAUCCCAGAAACAGCGCAAAAGAUUGUCAUCCACGUCUCAAAGUGUCGACGGAAAGGUUCAAGUUCCUCCACCUGAAGUAUCAACCCCCGAAAAUCCAUGGAAGAACGUGAACAAUACAGCUACUGCGUUGAAAUCCGACCCUAUUCAAAUAACGCCCCCUGGAGUCAAUCGAAAAAAAGGUCUGGAACCCGCAUCGCCACUAGGUACUCCGAUUUCUCACACCAUGGUGUCUUCGCCACCAGCUGCUAGACCGUCUACUUCGUACGCAGCAUCCAAGGCUGGUAAUUCAUCUCAGAAUGGAUUCAGUAAAAUCCUCGAAGAUGAACGAAAGCAGAAGCAGUACUAUGAAAAAAUUAAAUCAAAGUCGUUGGUGCACACCCAGAUCGAGGAGAGGGCCAUUGAGGAGCUGAAAUGUUUCUACAAUGUGGACAGUGUUUCCGACGAGAAUAUAACGGUCGAGCGGUACCGCCCUCAGUCGGAAAAUUCGAUCAAUUUUGCCGUCUGGCAGUAUCAGUAGAACAAAAGUUUCCACUGCAAGAUGUAUUUUUAUGUGUUUGCUGUUUUAAGUUGUUUUUAUUUGUAGAUUCCUCUCUUGAUAAAGGCAAAAAAAAACAAGAUAAAUUGACAGUAAUGAUCUUUUAA